AGAAAAGUCUAUGAGAAAGAAUAGAGGAAGAGCUCAGUUGUACGUAGACAGAACGCGUAGUCGCGGUUUUCAUUGCCAUUGUAAUUACAUCUUCGCGCCUAAUUAAAGGAAUUCGCGGUAUCCGAUUCAAUUAUACGUCGACUGACAAUGCAGCCGUUCAUUAUUGCGUUCGUCUUGCUCUUCUGCAGCAUCGUCGCAACGCCGACCGUAACAUUAGACAUCUCGCCCGACCUCUCGCUAAACAAGUUAAUAAAAAUGAUAGAAGAGAGCCAGGAGAGGACGGAACUGACGGAACAGCCAUACAGCGCCAAAUUCAAUUUCGUCAAUCUUGACACGGUAAGUAAACAUAUUUUUUGCCAAUUCGAUUACGGGCCCGAAAAGAAUCAGCUAAUCUACAAUGCAACGGAACCGCCGGAAUACAAUUUAGCGAACAUCAACGUGCCGAUUGGGUUAUUCUACGCCGAUAACGAUUGGUUGGCCGAUAGUCGGGACGUGAAGAAACUUUAUAGCAUGUUACCCAAUGUUUUGGACAUGUACAGAGUACCGUUUCCUAAGUUCAAUCAUCUUGAUUUCAUUUGGGCGAAGGACGCGCCUGAGCUCGUGUAUAAGAGACUGCUCAAGAUCAUCAAAAUUGGAAAUUCAGAUAAUAAGGAUAAGAACUGAGUGGGAUAUUAAAUCUUUGCGACCACGGCCAAAAAUUAAAAGUAAUUUUUAGCUUGUAGUAUCUCGAAAUAGUUUGUGUGUAGAUGAAUUAAAAUGUGCUAUUUUUGCGCUUUCAUCGUUUGAAUUUCGAUUACAAGAAGAUUAUAAUUCAAGCAAAGAUAUACAAAAAAUUAUAAUUUUAUUAUGCUUUCUAUUUAUAUUAUUAUUAAUCUGAUAUUUUUAUUAAAUAAAAUUGAUAGUUUUAAAACAAUAAAACUAAAUUUUUAAAAACUAUAAAACUAAACAAAAUGGAUUUUUUACUAUUGUUAGACAGUAUACAAUUUUUUUAUGCUUACAUUUCAUUAAAUAGAAUAAGAUUAGGAAUUUGUUAGAGAAGAAUAGAAAUUUUGUGAAUAAAUUAUUACAGGAUAUGUGCGAAAAAAAUUUAUGAAGGGAUUUCCGCGUAAUGUAAGCUUGGAUGAUAUUUUAUGUUAUUAGUAAUUAAAUAAUAAAGGAAGUCAUAAAAUAAAGAAAAAAA